UUUGGCACUUCGUCACAUGAAUGUUUUGAACACAUCAAAGGAAAAAACUAGUUUAAAAAAUCAUUUGUUAACGUCAAAAUAUCUUAAAAAUUAAUUAUAGCCAGCUAAUAUGGAGGCCGAAUCUGAAGUAAUUAAAGAAAAAAUUCACACUGAACCAAUCCUAAAUGACCCACGAUAUAUAACCUUAUUGAGUAUAAUAGUGCUUUUGUUCACUCUUGUGUUUUGGUGGUGUUUUUCAAGGCGUCGGCAUUUGAGGCGGUCGGUGCUACUAACGGGACUUUCAGAUUCAGGGAAGACUCUUUUAUUUGUGAGACUCUCUUACUCACAGUAUAGACAAACUUUCACAUCUAUGAAAGAAAAUAUCGAGGAAUAUAUUACAUCCAAUAAUGCCCUCAGGAUCGUAGACCUACCCGGCCAGGAAAGAUUGAGAAACAAAUUUUUUGAUCAAUACAAGAGCAGUGCUAAAGCCAUUGUAUAUGUUGUAGACUCUGUAACCAUUCAGAAAGAAAUAAGGGAUGUCGCUGAAUAUCUUUAUACCAUUUUGCUUGAUUCAGUAGUGCAGAGCAAUUGUCCUCAGUUUUUGAUUCUAUGUAACAAACAAGACCAGCCCAUGGCCAAAGGCAGUCAAGUUAUCAAGGGUUUAUUAGAAAAGGAAUUAAACUUGGUCCGUGUCACAAAAUCUAGUCAGCUGCAAUCAGUUGAUUCAUCGCAAAGCAAUAGUUCUUCAUACCUCGGAAAGCUCGGAAAAGAUUUUGAAUUUUCUCAUCUGAACUGCAAAGUAGAAUUUGCUGAGAGCUCAGCUAACACUGGGGAUGACGAUAACCCUGCUGAUAUGAAGGCUUUGAAGGAUUGGAUCUCAAAAUUAUAGAAUCCAAGAGCAUAGGGUUUAUACUCUACUUCCAAUGUUCUCAUUUUAUUAUGUAUGCUUAACAUGUAUUUAAUACAUGCAAUUUUGAGACUUGAAUUGUUAAAUUUGUGCAUUUUAUAGUAUUUUGUAUAAGAAUGAUCCCUUGUACUUUUUAAUAAAAUAUGGAAAUUA